CACUAACCGCAGCCUUGGGAAUCAUUCACUCAAUCAACCUCGUUCAGCCGAGACGAGCCGAGCAAAAUCGUAUCGUCGAGCUAGACGAGCUUCGCCGUCGUCUGAUGCUGCACCGCCAUGGGUAGAACCUCUCCUCAGGGUCUGACGGCCCAAGACUUUCAUCACCAGCCUUAUGUCAACCCCAUCGAUGUCUUCCCGCCCAAGUCGCGCCUCGGAAGUCGGGCUCAGAACUACAGGUCACCGAUAAGGGGCCAAGUCCCAUCAAGAAGCCCGUCACGAUUUGCCACAGAGCCUCACAAGUUCGCUUGUUGUGGCGAGGAUGAGGAUGUUUCUUUCCGUCCGUCGAGCGCCCUCAACUGCUGCGUCGACUUCGAACAUGGCAACACUGGCGUUGUCGAUUUUGAUCAAUCUGCCAACGACCUCGGCAGCUGCUGUGAUGAACCGCACCACAGCUCCCCCAGUCCGAUGGAUUGUGAGGAUUGCGUUGAUGACUGCGAAGACUGUGUCGAAGAGCAUCUGAAAGCGAACCAACGGACCAGCGAUUAUGUCGACGACUGCGAAGAAUGCAACGAAAAUAAGGACAGCAAAUGCCCCGAGGGCGCCGCAUGUCAAGGCAACUGCGACGAAUGUGACUUCUCUUGCUUUGAUUGUAUUGACUGGAGUCAGUUUGAACGAGAUAAAACUCUGGGUCUUUCAUUCUCAGUCCCCCUGCUGGAUGAAAAUGCCUUGUUGGCCCCGAGCCUCCAGUUUGAUGAAACGGAUGCAGCCAGCUUCCGAGCUUUUGAAAUGCCCAGUGCUCAGGCCGAUAUCAUUGCCCAUCCCCUUGAUGUGCCUAUGCAUCAUCAGUGCUUUGAUAACACGGUCCCCUACUGGAACAACAUAGCUCAGGAGCAAAUUUGUCCCGGCAAUCCAGGAUUAAACCAGCAACUUCCAUUGCCACCGUUUAGACUCGAUUUUGGGUGCCAUCCAGCUGCCGCUCACCAGCGUGCUUCUCUCCCCGGAUAUCCCAUACCUGACGCCAUGAAUCUCACCACGCCUUCGAAUCUUCAGCAUAAAGCCCUUCUUCCCGCUGCGUCUCCCAAGGAUCCGUUGAACACCACACAGGAUCUCCUCAGUGCUGUCACCGCUCCAGAGACUUCUCGAGCCUGCCAAUGGCUGAUGCCUUGCGGCACGGUCUGCGGCGCCUCCUUCGCUACAGGCACCGACCUGAAGAAGCAUCUUAAAACAGUCCACUUGGUCAAAGGUGUAACGAAAUGCCGAUGGCAAGACUGUGACUCUCCAGACUUUGGUUCCGAAGCUGCUCUGACAGGCCACAUAUCGAAGAAACACCUAGCAUCCUUCCUCACCACCUUGUCAUCAGCGUCUUCCUCGACAGCCAACGCCACGGGCCACAAGCACCAACACGUCCACAAAUCGGAAGGGCCGUUCAAAUGCACAUUCCCUUCGUGCCCGAAAUCAUUCAUGUACAAGCAAGUCCGGGACGAGCACGUGGCGACCCACCACAACGGCAACAAGAUGUACUGCCACAUCUGCCACACGUUCCUGAACGGAGAGGGCUCGAAUUUCAAGAGGCACAUGGCGACACACAGGCCCAAGCAUCAACACACGCUGUGCAAGUAUCAUGGACUGGGCUGCAAAAGGCGCUUUCCCCGGCUGGACAACCUGAGGAGACACGAGGCGUGCUGCAAGUUUGGAAAAGGGCUGAAAACCAAAGGCAUCGACAGUGCCGAAGCCCAGCACCAUCGCCAUAACCAUCACCACCACCCUCACAGUUGAGACGCAACGCAGCGGUCGUGGCUAUUCAUGGAGGGGUAGGGAUAGCAGAUUUUGAAAGGGUAAAAGGUGCUUCUCUCAAAGUCGCAGACACAACCUGCUGCCGGCAGUAUCAGUCAGUACCUUUACCUCCGUCUAUACAUGUUCAAGGUUGAAGGACAGGGUGAAGGAAUACGGGUUACGGUCGACGCCCUUUCAUAUCUGCCAGUCCAGCUUGACAGUGUCUGCAGCGUUUACGAGUCAUAAGGAACAUAUUCUCCAUCAUCAUGCAGUAGAAACAGAAUGUAAUCCCCUAACCCAGACUCUCUCUCACUCUCUCUUAUCUGCCCCGAGGCUGAAAAGUGGGAAGCAAGAUGUAGGGGAAUCGAGAGUCGAGAGGGGAAUCGGGUCUAUAGAGCUACCUUUCCUUUCCAGCUAGACGACUAAGUAGCUAUAUCAUAUAUCAUGUAUCCCAUGUCACCUA